AUGGCUGACACGGAAGAGGCCGAAUUCAAGCUGGCCACAGUUGCGCUUCGACUCCGGCAGCCGUUGCGCCUGUGUCUGGAAAAGCUGGUCGACGCUCCUUGCGCGGCCUUGUGCAGAAACUCCAUCAUUCAAGGCACGCUCCUAAAGGGUGUACCCUUCCCUUGGCGCGGCCAAUGGGACAACAAGGACAGGCGCCCCGCCUGGAGAUAUCUUUAUUGCCCCACGGAACACGAGAUCAGUCUCUUCAAGGAGGAGUUGACCGAAUUGCAACAUCUACUGCUAAAGCCUUUGGAUCUCGAUGCCUGCCUCGGUGGUGGUCGGCAGUGGCACUUUGUGGUUGAUCACUUGGCUGUGCCAAAGGCGGAGAGGGACCUCGACCCAAAAACUCUCCGUAUUUUGGCGUCGAACUUUCAAGACCCAUAUAUUGCGGAGGCGAAUCACUUCGAGUCUUUGUUGCUAGACUGGCCGGAAGCUCAAGGAAUGCUCAGUUUGCAAGAACAGGAUUUGAGGUUCCGGCCAAUUCUGGAGAAGAAACUGUUGGACAUGCAGGAGUUGUUGCAACGCUAUUACGAGUCCUCAGCCAACAGGGAUGAAGGUUACUACCGACAGCUUGGCCACAAGCGGCUGAGCGGACAGACAUUGCUCAACAGAUUGGUGCGCAGCAACUUGUCUGAGUGCGUGAGACAUCUGUUGGAGAGAUGCUCCGUCGAGACCGUGCCGAAGCCUUGGAUGCUGUUUGCAGAUUUGAUGUACCCGGACGAACUUGGCAACACAGCCAUGCACGUGGCCUGCCAAGAAGGUCAUUUGGAAUCCCUGAAAGUGUUGCUGGAUCACAUCAAGAAACAUCGUGGGAGCACGGAAGAGAGGAAGAUGUACGAGACGCGUUCGGCGGUCUGCCGCGACUUUGACCUGUGCGACAUUUUGGGCAAGACCAACGCCAGUGGCUAUACUUGCCAUGAGCUCGCGGAACUUCAUGGGCACACGGGUUGCAAACAGGCGGUGCAGGACUUCGCCAGGAGCUGCAGCUGGCACUGGCCCAGUCUGCGAGUGGCGAUCAAGUCAGGAGACUAUCCCACAAACGAGCUCGUGCCAGGGGAAGAAGAUUCUGGGCAGUUGGAUGCUCUGCUCUAUUACAUGGCUCAGCGUGGAAUGUUUGAAGGAGAGAUCCACGUGACGGGCAUCCACAUCAGCAGCGGAACUCCCCGGGCGGUGCGUUCGCUUUUCGAUGUCCUUCAGCACUUCCAAUUGGUGGUCCUGGCCGGACGGGUGUCCUGGCAGGUCUACAGCCUCAUGCUUCACUGCGCUGGCACGGUCGUCUUGAACCCCAGCGCGCGCUUGCAGGAGCUCAGGCUGGACCUGCUUCCACUGCCCGGCGGCUUGCCAUGCGCGCUCUCGCAGUCCAGGAUGCAGCUCGCGGUGCAGGUCUUGGCCCAGCAAAUGGUGGAGCUGCUGGGGAGGCCAUGGAAGGUGUGGCUGAAGCCGGAAAGCUUCGAGCUCCUAGGGAUGUCUCGAGUGUGGCCCGGGAAGCUCCUAUGGAUCGAGCGAGUCAGCGACUUCUUGACAGACAAGAAGUUUGAGACUUACCUCAAUGUGCGCCCCAAGCAGAAGCACAACUGCUUCCUUGCGAACCCCUUCAACGAGGGCCUGCUCGUGGCCUUUGACUGGGCGUUCGGUUCCGACACGAAACACCUGGAGGGGCACAACGACAUUGGAGUGGUCCUGGAGAAGAACAGCAACUUUUUCCUGUAUGUGGAGCAGCUGUUGACGACAUGGUCCGACAUCCUUCGCAGUGUGUGCUGCAAGAAUCUUUCAGAUCGAAAAGUUUGCGCGUUGGUGGAAGAGCUGGAUCAUGCCGCUGCUGCGAUGCUGCACACGCUGAACCACUUGGCUUAUCACGUAAGCGCAAGGAGGGAGUGGAUCUUGAGCCUGAUCAAAAGCUUCCUGGAUUCAGCGAAGAGCUGUGAGAAAGAUUUGGGACGCUGCCUCGCCCACGCGCAGUCUCAGGGCCCAUGCAUUCUGCUGCAGUGUUUCCAUGGCUUCGGCCUUCUUAAAGAGACGCCUUUGGCGCAAAGCUUUGAUUGGAAGCAGCACGAGCACGCGGAAUGGGCCAAAGGAGCUUUGGUUCUCGUCCCACCUGAGCGACUCUCAGAGGAGCGAAAGUGGCUGCUGCAGAAGCUGGCGGAGCCGAAACAGAAGCAGCGAAUGGAGAAGAUCAAGGAUGCAAAGAAAGACCUGAAAGCGGUUACCACGCUGCACUCUGUGCUGAUGGUGGAAUCCCACCAGGUGAAGGCUUUGGAAGCACAGUUGCAGGAGGUUGUGAAAGCCCGGCGGUUGAAGGCUCGGGGAAACAAGAAGAACAUUCGAGCAACCUUGCACGGCUUGGAGCAGACCAAUUUCAGCGGUCCAGGUCAGAAAAUUGAAAUCAAUGAGAGCCCCAUUGUGCUGGCAAGUGACAAGCAGAAAACUCUCAGCAGCACAGAUCGGAAGAGCUACAGUCUUUGGCAAGCGCAAAAGUGUUCCGAGGACAACCAGAGCAUCUACCGACGAGUUCGUCCAGCAUCAAAGUCGGAUCCUGUCCAUGUCAUUCACGAAGGCAGCGACACCUUUGCGACAAGAGCAAUGCCGCUCGCGAGGAGUCGACGUCGUUAA